UCAAUAAAACUACACGUAGGAGUCAAACGCCGCGUCUUUUCCCUCUAGCGUGGCAGGGAAACUCGUUUUCUUUCCCUGCUUUUUCUUCUUACUACCACUUGUAAAAAGGCCAGUCCUUGCAGAUUUUUGUUGCUUCCCCCCCCCCCACUUUUUUUCCAACAUGGCCUCAAUUAAGGAGAGAGCUGCUGCACUGAAACUUGCAGAGAAACUGUCUGCGCGUCGUCAAGUUCCUGGAGUGUCCACCAACUCGGACCAGUUAUCCUCCAUGUGGAGUAGCCUUAUUUCCCACCUCAGGUCAACUGUGAUAGUGAAGCGCAGACUAGUCCACCUCAAGUCCCACAGCGACUGUUUCCUGGGCUCGGAGGCCGUGGAUGUGCUAGCAAACUACAUUAAACAGACCAAAGGUGCCAGUGUGUCACGGGAUAAAGUGGUGUCUGUGUGCCAGACCCUGCUUGAGUGCCAAGUGUUUGAGUCGGUGGAAACUAAGGUUUUAGGCAAAAUCAAGAAGCGCCAUUUGUUUCAGGACAGCAAGAGUGCGCUUUACAGGUUUGUAGGUGUUUGUACAGCUGCAGUCGAUGACCUGGAACGCAGUGCGCUUGAAAAUGGGAUCCAAAAAUUCCUCCACAUCUCUUCUCCAGACAGGUUGCCAGGAGAUCAAACAUGUCCCUCUGAGUCACAUUUUGAAGCCUCAGAGACGCCGGUAAAGGUUGGCCGGCAGGGGGCGCUCCACGCUAAAAUGUUGUUGGAGCCUCCUGUGGGUAACUUGAGCACUAGCAAAGUGAAGACGGACUCCCUUUUACCUCAGCCUGUGGUGGAUGAGGUGUGGCAGGAGCAAAUUCUGGUCCGUUUGUUGCACCUUGUGGAGCUCCCUGUACUGGAAGGAGUGCUUCAGUGCACCCAGAGCCCAUCAUCUCAGCUUCGAUCCAGCCCAAUGGGUCACCUUGACCCAGAUGUGAUCAACAGCAGUAACCACCCGGAGCGACAAAUCCUCAGGGCCUUCAAAGACUCCCAUUUUCUCAGUGAAGAUGAGUGGCUGUGUGCAGCUCUGGACUGUUUGGACUUCCUUCCUGACCAACUGGUUGUGGAGCUGAACAGAGAGUUGCCUCACUGUUUUCCUCAAUGUAGAGAAGGCUUCAACCAAGAAGCAGCAGUUCACAGCUGUGCUGAGCAGAGUCCUCUUCCCCAGAGCGGAUUGGCUCAGUUUAAGCUGGUACUCUAUGGGAUACUGGUCAAACACUACAGAAAUAUGAACCCUCUUUUGCCACAACACUUCGCUGACGUCUACUCCGCCAUCACAGACCUGCUGAUCAAAGCGAAGUUGGAAAAGGCUUUGGAGGCUGUCCAGCUUUGUCUGAAGCUGCUUCCGCAAAGCAACAGAGAGGAGCUGCGCAGGCUGCUGGCUUUCAUGUCUUUGGCAGCUGACCCAAAGGGGAUGAGAGUAGACAAAGAGGUAGUAAACAGGCUAGCAGUAAAGAAGUCCUUCUCCCGAGCAAUACUGCAAAGCAGAUCUCUUUCAAAGGAGAAGGAGGACAUUAUGCUGGUCUUCAUGCUUAGCAACAUCAAAGAAAUCUUUAAGACACCAGGGACACUGCACAAAGGAGUGAGCAACAAAUUGGAGAGCCUUGCCCAGGGCAAACAUCCAGAUGUGACGGGUUCAACAUUACACCAGGAGUUUUCCAGCAGGACGUAUUCCGACUCUACAAAGAAGACCACAAACGAGGAGCUGUGGACACUGUUGAACAAAAUAUACUUGGAUACCAAGAUGUCAGAAAAAGAGAAGAAGCGCCUCCUUAGACAAUUUAACCAAGCCCAUCCUGAGUUAUUUAACCAGUAUUUUGGUGACUCUGCAGUCAGCUGGCUGUAAAAGUCUCACAUUUUGUUGUUAAUUUGAGAAAAUGUUUAAAUAAGUGAUCUGUAAAGCAUUCGACUGAGACUAAUAAAACUUUAAAAGGCACAAGAAUGACCAAACAAUUCAGCAAAGUUGUUACAUAAAAACUUAUAGUAGUCUUAAACGAGGAAAUACAAAUGUUACUGAAAGAAUAUGUGCUACAGUAAACCCUGUUAUGCAAAAGAAAAAACAAUGUGUAUAACACAAUCAAAUUGAUCUAAACUGUUGUUUGAUGUCAUCUAUGUAAUGAAAUGUAUUAAAUGAAAAUUCUAAACAU